CUCGGCUGUGAGAGGCUCGUGUAAACGUUGCGCCCGCAAAUGAUUCAAAUACUGCACUAAACGACCGAGCAUGGUGUCAGCGGCUUGGCCAUCCUAGUCAUCCAUGAGAGUGUGGGUUCGAUCUUUAGCCUGUUGCUCAAACAAGCACUGAUUCAAUAAGUCCACUGAUCAAUUGGUAUCAUCGACAUCCGGGAAAACAAAGAUCCAAAGGCUUUAAAGGCUGUCGCUAUAGAAGACUGGAGGCUUGACGACAUCCGCCUCAGUUGAUUCAACCACUUGAUUCAUUCACAAGUUCAAGCGCCCGAUUAGCACAGGAAUAGUGGCCACCACGGGCAAGCAAUUCCAACAAAGCAAUCAUUUAUAAAGUAUUCACCUGAAUCAAAUGGGCAUUAACUGGAUACCUUAGCCCCAAUUUGCCUCAAGUCCCCAAGAAAGAUGAUGGUAUUAUGGAGAGUCAUGCGGGAAUAGGUUUCCGUCGAGCCUGAAUCGAUUUGAACGGGUCAUAACGCUCGAGAUUCUGCGCAGCUCUCCGCUUCCUGGCAUGAAAGAAAGCAUGUGUUGAUGCAACUUCACUUCCAGCAACGACAGCGGGAACAAAGCUCUAUGCAUAUAUCCUUUCCCCACACGCCGCUCAGCCUGCCAGACUGGGAAGUGGUGAUCAGGGAGAACAAGGCCGGAGGACCUUCAAAGGGAAACCCGGUGGCAGUGAAGAACAAAUCAAGUGGCUCGUUUGAUGGGUAACACGAUCUGUAACAUGUUCAAGGACAGACAUUUUGGAGAAGAAGCUCCCAAGCGGAUCUCGCACAAGAGAGAGCCCGGAGUGUUGCCCCACUAUAGCGGUGUGGGCCAGAGAUAGAGACAGAUAUUAAUAUGUCAUGCCUGCCUGUGUCCCCAGACAUUAGGAGUGGGUUGACCGAUCAGAUCUCUCAGCGCCAUUCUCCAACGCCCGCAACAGUCCCCUAGCCCGCAAAUCAACAUGUGAGAUGCACUCGAGCGGCAGAAACCAGCAAGGAAAGUAGGCCACCAGGCCUGUCGUGAGCCAUUUGCUACCGGCAUGACAGUUCUCUAGCUUCGGUCAAAUCCCCGAGAGGCACCUAUCAACAGAGACAGUCAAAUUUGAGGGAUGAGUGCCGCCUCGGUGCAGAUUCACUGUUUGAGCCCUCGGGACCGGUUUCUGGCUUCCUUGCAUCCGGUGGGAAUAGACCUGGGAAUCAACUUGAAUAUUGCUUUGCCUACAGGUGGGGGUCCCAGUUCAGAGUUGGGGGGUCAAGGGGCAAGGACCAAGGAGCAUCGUGUGCGAGUGCAGCACUCCGGACGAGACCAUGUUAUCUCCUAUCUCAAGAGGCAUGCUGCUCGGCUGACCUUGGCGGUUAAGGUUCCGAUCAUCAGGCAGGGGUCGAGGGGUUGCCAACGCAGGCGAGUUGGACCAUGAUGCGCUCAUCUCAUCGAACUGCAAGAGUAUCACCGGUGAGGUUGCUGUCUGGAGGUGUUGCUUGGAGCCCAUGUCAUGCUGAAGACUCUUUCACCACUGCCAGACUUCUCAUCUCAGAGCCAGCAGAUGUCGUCUGUGUCUAGUCUGCUUCCCCAGCCGGGCUUGUUUGGGGUCUACAUACAGUAUGCUCAGAAAGUUGGGUACACAAAAUCCGGGGUCCUCGAGACUUUUAUGUGUUAUCUCUAGCACGUACCAAUGCGAGUCAUCUCUGCAAUCCUACGUGGCUGUUGACCCUCGUCGCUUCUCAAAGGUUCUCAAGGCUAAAGAUUAGAUAACCAGGUUCCCCAAUCAUGACCUAUGUCUAGCUGUGUAUACGGGUUUAUCAGUCCGGAGAUCCAAGAAACACACUAUCCGCAUUACAGAACAAACGGCCGCAUAUCAGUUGAAGCCAGUUGCUCUGUAACCUUAUCUCAACGCCAUCGCCCUGCAUAUCUGUGAUACCAUAGCCUUAAAUUCGUCGAUGCUGCUGCUUUGUCACUUCUGCUGAAAACAGAUGCUGAAGGGACUCUUGUCAUACGUCUAUUUUUGUUGUCAAAGAAUGAGACACGAGCCCCUGUUGGUCUUACAAAAUGCUCAGAGGUCAAUGCAUACAAGACCCUGACUGUAGCCAUUCUUUGUUUUCCUCAUGCUUAAGGAUCUGUACUCUUUGUUGGACGAGACCGAUCGAGACACGAAACAAUGUUCUAAACUUGGCCCUUUCGAAUAGUAAUUGGGAGGAACGAUUCCCCGAAACGAUGCGAGCGAAAGAAUCCCCGUACAAUAAAAUAACAAAGCACCUCGAUAUGGUCUUUCAUGGCGAGCCCUAUCAUGAGCUCGACUCUUUGUCAACUGAGCCAGGAUGAUGCUAUUCUUGCAAUUGCUUUCAACCUUGUAAAGGAAGAUCCUUGAGAAUGGGACGUCCUACCAAGUGCUUAUAGACCGAUGAACCCCAUGGUUCACGACGAGUUCAGAAUGGCCCCGAAGCAUAUCGACCACACGAACGAAAAGCAUGCACAUGAACUCUUCGAUACAACUCUUGGUAUAUCUGUUUGUGGUCUUCACCACCCGGUAUGCGGGAGCAAUGCCAGUAACAACAGGACCUCCAGUGUUGAGCAAGGAAGAUGCCGAGUCACUAGUAUCCCACGCCCUUGGAAGCUUUACAAACCCAGACCAAAGGAACAAAGAGACCUCGCAAGACAAUUAUGCAAGAGACUAUGCAAGGAGUGGUGCCGAUAAAGGAGCAAUUGUUGGAGGCACUGUUGCUGGCGGAAUCAUCAUUUGCGUCACGGUAUUUUUCGGCGUUCUCAUCCUCAAGAAAUACCUUGCUCGUCAAGGAAAAUACAAUAAAAGGGUCGUUGAUGGGAAACCUUUAUGCCCAGACACCGAAACACCAGGAACAACGUCUAGCACCCCGACCCGUACUCCAUGGCGCCAGACGUUCAACCAUCGAAUAUCGGUCCCGUAUGCAGACUCUGUCUACUCUCAGAGAUCUUUCGGAAACACUGCAGCUGCCACUCAAAUGAGUAGGGCCUCAGCCCAACCAAUUCCGCUGCCUACUAUACCGUCAAAGGCUGCCCAGAUGUUAGGAGUCGAAGAUACGAAUUCAACGCCUCUUGCAAAGACACCUCUUUCUUCGCCUCGCUUGCUAAUUACACCUCUUUCGGAGAACUUUAUGCCAAAGACUCCUAUUCUUCAAUACUCUUCGUCACAGAGUUCUCCGGAGCAAAGCCCUCUACGGAGGAACCCUCCAUUGCUGCCCCCUCCGAAGAAUCCUCCUCCUCAAGGUCCGCUGCCGCCUGUCCCUACCUAUGAGCCACCAGCUGUUGGGGUGUCCAAGCAAUCCAGAAGCCCCCAGAAUUGCACAUCUUCCGUUUGUACCAUGAGUACUCUUGGUAUGGAACUUCUCCACGAUGUGAUGCAACCCCUGGAGUCAACCACAUUCAGCCCACCCCCUGAAAAGGCGUCCUUCCUUCGUUCACCACCACCAAUUUCAAAAACAAAUAAGCUACCUCCAGUAGCUAUGAACAAUUCCAAAGGGCAGAAUAGAGUGCCUAGUAGACGAUAUUUUGUACCGUUGUUCAAGAACAAUGGACAGCUGCCGAGUCCAACAUCGCCUGGUGAGGGAGUGCUUUCAGAACCAGGGACAAGGAACAGAACGAAGAAUAUUAUCAAUUCCAAGGCUGAAACAGUCUUACGAGACUCUUCUAGGGCGGAACUAUUCUCUCUUGGCCACAACAAAAUAUGAGCCUCGCAGGCCGAGGCUAGGUGGAAUCCAUGACAUUAAUGAACGUUUGUUCAGGCUUAUACCGACUAUACCAAGCAUGGUUUAUUGAUCCAGAAUUAUAUACUACUUAAUACACCAACCUUUCCUCUUUACUCCACAAAGUUUUACCAUCAAAACAGCUUCUUUACUGCCCCAGUAUUGCUCUUCGUCUACUUUGAUCUCUGUCUUCACCAUUUGCGGAGUCUUGUGGGAGCCCAUAUGACUUAAUACACAGUCUACGGAGUAUCCAUCUACUCAAUCAAUCCUGUCUAAUUUCUUCAACACUGCCAAAGGCAUAUAUCUAUCGCAGUUACACCUGCCCGAGACAGACUGAUUCUGGUCAACCCUCGUAUUUGUCAAAACCCCCGUACCAGCUUGAGCACAACCGUCGUUUCGACAAAAGGCCCUGCCACUCGGCUACAUCUUGGAAUAUGCCAGAAGCUGAUGAUGCGUAUAGAUCUGAUAAUUCCCUUAGCUAAGCGAGCCACACAUUAUAAAGUGAUAUUUCGCAAAUCUUUGUGAAGAGCACCUCAGCCAGAAUAUGGAUCAGGGGUUCCUAGGUAAAAGCUGGAAACAAGGCCGGAAGCUAAUGGCAAAGCCCUGUAAUUUCCCUUUGUACUUCACUCUUAUAAUCAUCACCAAUAUUUAUUAUAUUCUCCAGUUCCUUGCUAGGCAGCUUAACUCACCCACCACUCUGUAUACCUCUACUCUGUUGUGAAGGACGGAUGAGCUGGAACCUGAAAGAUGGCUCUCAUAGCAGCUUCUACAUGUAUAAGUAAAGGUAUCGUCUGGAAUCUUCCAUUAAGACUGAUAUAGGACAGUUUCCAUUACGGUUCAGCCUAUAACACACAUGAACGCUAAGUAUAUUGGUUCCGCAUCGCUCGGCCGCUGUCAAGGCCCGCUCAGCCACAUAUGCUCCAACGCAUGGAUGGAAUAUCAAUUCUGGAGGUCGACCAUCACUUUAGAGAGCCUUAAAGCCCGGUUUAACAAGCCCUGGACCUGUUCUCGGGACCUGUGAAUGCCUUGCUGCCUACUGAAAAGGGGGAUCGCAUCUUGGGUAUAAGGAGGCCUCGCUUUGCUCUCAGGUAUCUAAAUCAACUAUAAGGCUGCAAAUUAAUAGAUGACAAGCAAGUGGUCUUUUAUAAGCUGUCUCCAUAUGCCAGCUCAGCAUCCUAGUGUCGAAACACAAGUUCCACUUCUAUCUGCCAACCACAAACAUGCUGUACAAGACCUCACCUAUCGUGUCUAAGCGACUGUAUGAUCGCAC